AUGGCAUUCGACAACGCGGAACGGCAGAUCAUCGCCGAGAAAAAACCCUUGGAUGAAAACAUCAGGGAGAAAGCUCAAGAGCUAAAAGACCCCAACAAACUCGGGAGAAACCGUACCUCUCACGAAUUAGAGAGCAAGGUCCAGAUUGAUAUGUUUUUUCUUAUCGGCCUACUGCUGGCAGUACCGAAUUCAGCGAAUCCAAUAUUACUGUCGUUGGAGAAUACAAGAGCACUCGCCACAAAGACAAACAAAAGAGGCAUCCUCUGUCAAUUGGCGUGCUAUGCUAGAGUUGUCUUUGCGCUCAACCCACCAGACUCUUUCUUCCUGUCUGGACUUUUGAUCGAUGCGGCGCUUUCCGCUCUGAGGAAAUUGACAUGCAUGGAAGCCCCCAAACAUUUUUCCCGCGCAAUCAUCGGACACUGUCAAGUAUGCGGCUUGGAGCAUUCUCUUGAAAGGAGACAGAUAGGCCGCGAAAAGAUCCUCGAAGGGGGUGCCCAAGCUGAUCGCACACAAAGAGCUGGUCAAAGUGAGCGAUCUGAGAGAAGGGCUCACUUUUCUACUGCCCAAAAAGUUUUUCUUCGUGCUCUUGAUGCCGCCGAUGGAAGUCGCACACCAGACAGCACGUCCAACACCGAUACAACAGCGUCCGGGUCUAAACGUGGCUCUCUCGAGAUGUCUGGUCCCGUCUCUGAAUCAACAGCCAGUCAAUCAGCCAGUCAAUCAACAGCAGUUACUCAUCAGGCGCUGGUCAACCAGCAGCCAGCAAUCAAGAGUCAGUCAAUCAACAGCAGUUACUCAUCAGGCGCUGGUCAACCAGCAGCCAGCAAUCAGGAGUCAGUCAAUCAACAGACAGUCAAUCAACAGACAGUCAAUCAAAAGCCAGUCAAUCAACAGCCAGUCAAUCAACAGCUAGCAAUCAGUCAAUCAGUAGCCGAUUAA